AUGGCUAAAAUCAUGUUUCGAAAGCGUAUUGUGAAAAGGUAUCUAUUCAUCAUUGCGCUUUUCAUAUCUGGCACAUUAUUUUUACAAAACACACCGGCUUUUAAAACCAAGAUUCCUUCGCUGGAUCUGAAACCGAAAGCCACUCUUUCCACAAAAUUUGAAGAUUACAAGAACAAGUUUAUUUCUUCCCUCGAAAAAGCAAAGCCUCCUUCCGAUACCAUCAUGUUUACUGCUUACGGUCUGGAAUCUCCGACGCAUAGUUUGUUCAUGCUGGCUUGUGACAUGGCUUUCAAAUCCAAAUCCUCCGUUAGCUUUUUGCUCAUAGAAGACGGCAGCGAGCCUUUGGACUUGUUCGAACUCAACCGGGAGACGGAAGCUUCGUGCCCCCUCAAUUUCUUUUUCGUCAAGGGGAUUGACAAACUUACGGAUGAACUCCCUUUAAAAGAUUUAAUUUCUCUUCAAUUUCAGCAAGCUUUAAAAAGCAUAUCUCCCUCCGUAAUUGUCACUUCAAAACAAUCUUCUCAAGUCAUGAAGGAUGCUACUGGCCCUUAUCUCGCUAAUAACUAUUACAGCCAUAAUGUCAUUGAUACAAAUGCCUUAGACGAAAAUGCCUGGGUUGCUAGCCUCGACGCAGAAUCACUAAAACAUUUUCGAACUCCCAGAAUUAAUGUCGUCCUAAUUGCAGAAGAAGACUCCUUCAAGGAAAUCCCAAAUAUGCUGUCUGAUUUAAAGAAGGACUACCACUCUCCCGAUGAGUACCCAUAUGUCUUCAUUCACAUAUAUCUCCUCAAAAAGCUUCCUGACCUAAAAGCCAUACGUAAUAAAUGGCCUCAAGACCGUCUCUUCAUGCAGUUUCAUGAAGAAAAGAAGCACCACGAAUUUACUGAGCUUUGGGUUCCUCCUAACGACUACACUUAUGCUCUUUUUGUUGACAUGACAAAGGAUGUGUCUACUGAACUUUCCUCUAAAUUGCUUACAUGGUACAAGUUUCUCAUUUUAACUACAUUUUAUAAAGAAGACUCUUCCAUUAUUCGAGACAACAUUAUGUCCAUCACUUCAUCCAGCGAAGCCGUAUCCGACAAUCCUAUUACAUUCUUUCAAAGAAAAUUGCCAAACGUUUUUUUGUUUACUCCCAUAGCUUUCCAAAAGUUUCAAGAAUACGUUUUUGCAAGAAAAUUUGUUCCCGACUUCAAGGUCACGAAUUUCAUACCAGAUGAAUACGAAGACGAUCCUACUGUAUUUCAACAAGUGGGCAACUUACUUACUGAAUUUCAGGCGCUACUCGGCCUAUACUCUUUAGUUGUCUCUCCUGCGAACAAUGGCCCCCUUGAUUCUGUAAAAAUUGAUAGCGUUAUGUCAGAUUUUCUAAAGUGUCCUCCCAAUAUAAGCUUUCCUCAGCUUUCUCUGGAUCCCCUUUUUCACACAUUUGACGACCAAAUACUGAAUUUUUCAAGUGCAAAGAACAUGUCAACGGAUUUGUAUCAAAGCGUUUCUGGGUGUGCUCAAUCUCACGUACUUUCGGCUUUUCCCAUACAAUCCAUAUUUUGUCCAAAAAGCUGA